AAAAGAAAAGAAAAGAUAUUUGGUUAAAAUGGAUAUUAGUAGAGUUGUGGGGAUCGUAUUGAAAAUAUAACAAGUUGUCCAUAAAAAGGUUGAGGUGGUGGAUGAGUCAGUCAUCCACGGGCAAAGGCAGGCAGGCGUUUGAGGGACUUGCGUGGCUGCCUUGCUUGCUUGCAGCCGUAGCCAUGGCGUCCUCCAAUCCAUUCAUCAUCUCAUUUUUCCUUAUCCUCGUCCUUGCGCUCAACUCUGACGGUUUGAAGAUUGAUUUGUAUCCUGAAAUCUUAAGAGAAGAGGCAGUAGCAAGACUUUAUGAGCUCGGAAAGGUAAGUGACGCUGAUGGCUAUCUUGAAAGGACUUUCCUAAGCCCAGCUUCUGUCAGAGCUGGGAAUCUAAUCCGUACGUGGAUGGAGGACGCUGGAUUGACUACGUGGGUGGAUGGAUUGGGGAAUGUUCAUGGUCGACUUCAACCACCAAAUGCUAGCAAAAAGGCUCUUUUAAUUGGUUCCCAUCUGGAUACUGUUGUUGAUGCUGGUAUGUUUGAUGGUGCACUUGGUAUCGUAUCUGCUAUAUCAGCAAUUAAAGUGUUGAACGUCACAGGAAGGUUAAGGCAUUUAAGGCAUCCAGUCGAAGUCAUUGCGUUUAGUGAUGAAGAAGGAGUUAGAUUCCAAUCUACGUUUCUAGGAAGUGCAGCUAUUGCAGGUGUACUACCUGUUUCAACAUUGCAGAUACCCGACAAAAGUGGUUUGACAGUGCAAAAUAUUUUGAAGGAGAACCUGAUAGAGACUACAGAAGAAAAUCUCAACCUGCUCAAAUAUGAACCCGACUCUGUUUUGGGCUAUGUAGAGGUUCAUAUUGAACAGGGACCUGUGCUGGAAUCAAUUGGUCUUCCUCUUGCUGUGGUAAAAGGCAUUGCUGGACAGACCCGGUUAAAGGUAACAGUGAGAGGAUCACAAGGACAUGCCGGCACAGUUCCCAUGUCUAUGCGCCAAGACCCAAUGGUUGCUGCAGCUGAAUUAAUUGUAUCUUUAGAAAGAUUAUGUAAAAAUCCUCAAGAUUUUCUAACAAAUGAGGCUUCUGAUGGCCACUGUAAUGCAUUUUCUCUUAAAGCACUCUCCGGAUCUCUUGUUUGUACUGUUGGUGAGAUAUCAACUUGGCCCAGUGCAAGUAAUGUCAUUCCUGGCCAGGUAAUAUUUACGGUUGAUAUUCGUGCCAUAGAUGACAUAGGAAGGGAGGCUAUAAUAUAUGAAUUAUCAAAUCAAAUGCACAGUAUAUGUGAUCGACGAUCUGUUUCUUGUUUAAUGGAGCGUAAGCAUGACGCGAAUGCUGUAAAGUGUGAUACAGGAUUGAAUUCACAGCUCAAAUCUGCAGCAUAUUCGGCUGUAAAACGAAUGACAGGCGAGGAUAUUGGCGAUGUGCCAGUACUGAUGAGUGGUGCAGGACACGAUGCAAUGGCCAUGUCUCAUCUGACCAAGGUCGGUAUGCUAUUUGUUCGAUGUCGUGGAGGAAUUAGCCAUUCUCCUGAAGAACAUGUGUUAGAGGAUGAUGUUUGGGCCGCUGGUUUGGCAAUCCAAGCGUUCCUGGAAACCAACUUGUAGGUACUGAAUCAUUAGAUGUCUGUGUAUAUAUGGAAUAUUGUUCAUAAUAAUGUAGCAAUGAUUAGUUUCGUUGCAUUUGCUUAAGUAAAUGAUUAAACCAAAAUCAUCUUCUAAAUUA